AGAAAAGUCUAAUGAUAAAUAUUGUAAUGGCUUGCAUUAAGUGUAAUACAUAACACGUAUUUUUUGUGCUAAUAGCUAAAAAAACUUUAUAUACUUACCUAGAUAUGACUUUACCUAUUUCCACAGAUUAAAGAUAGUUUCUGUCUAUUUGUAACUAAAUGAAUUAAUAUAAUGGCAUUUGUUUAUAGUUGCUGUUUUUGGUUCUCUUUACGUCUCGGAGGUUUAUUGAUAGGAAUAUACUCGAUAUUCCAGGCCAUACUUGCGCUAAUAGUGUUUAGUAUUGGUUAUAAGCAUUCAGAACGAGUUGCAGAUGAAAUAACGGAAUUACUAAAUAAUAAUAACAUAAAGCUGAUCUAUACUAAGGAUUACUUGGAAAUGUUGAAAUCCGAUCCAGAAAAAUAUUUUACUCUUACUAUCGUUAUAACGUGUGUCUACAUAUUAUCUUGCUUACUGUUCAUGUAUGGAGCCUAUACUUGCAAUAACAUACUAAUGAUUGGAUACAUACUGUUAGAGUUGACCCGGUUGCUUAUGUUGUCGGUCACUGUGGCCACUUGUCUUUUAGUACUCAAACAAAAUACCAUGGAUAUAGGACUAUUAAUUGGGGCCAGCGUUGCAGGUGGAUUCUUUCUUCUGGGCGAAUUUUAUUUAUGGGUGUGUGCAGCCAAUUUACCCAUACUCAUAAACGAAAUGGAGCGAGAGGAACAAGCUGAAACGAUAGAAAGGCUACAACAACUUUUGGAAAUGAGCAAACAACGAUCUAUGCCGUACGGUUCAGACAAUGAUCCUUUCGUUGUCGAUUAUGGAAAUGCUACUAGCAGCGAUUUUAUGGCAUCAAAGAGACAAAUUAAUAAUAAAAUAAAGAAUUAUGCUAGAGGUUCUAUGCCACUAACCAUUUCAUAUAGUACACAUAAAUAAAUACAUCUAGUCUAAUUAAA